AUGUGCCAAUUAUGUGGAAGAUAUUUCAGAAGUGAACAAAAUUUAGCUAUCCAUAUGGCUUGUCACAUGUCCAAAGGAAUAUUGUAUACAUGUAAAGUAUGUCACCGAUCUUAUGAUACAAGAAGCAAUUUAAAAACUCAUAGUAUAACACACAGUAAUGAGAGACCUUACAAUUGUCAUCUUUGUAAGAAAAGUUUUAAAAGAAACCAAGAUCUAAAGUUUCAUAUUAAUCAACACACAGGUGCAAAGCCAUACAAAUGUCCUUUUUGUGAUAAGUCAUUUGCUAGUUCUGGAAACUGCUACUCACACAGAAGUCGAAUGCAUCCUGAUAAACAAAUUGAAGUCAAAGGGCGGCAAGGCUCUGCUGCCACAAAAGGAAACUCGACUUUAAAGCCACUUACUCCUAAAAGUUGUCUCACUGCAGUGAAAGGCAUUUUUAAAUACCAAUGUCAACUAUGUGAACAUAGUUUUAUGAAGAGAGAAAACUUUACAUAUCACAUGUAUCAGCACACAGGAGAAAAACCAUUUCAGUGCACACACUGCACUGCAACAUUUGUAACUAGAAGAGACUAU